AAGACAUUAAAUCCAGCCUCCCUCCAUUCAGACGUCGAGUAACCCAUCACCUUGAUCUGAAGAUCGAAAAAUAGGAGGGCUUACACUAAUCAGCACUUGAGACUCGAAGGCAGUAAAAGUAUUGUUUCUUUGAGGACGCUUUAAACAGAGACGCUAACGGGAACAGCAGCUUUUAAUUAAUGUAUUGACAAACCAAAAUCGGCAUCUCUGGAGAAUAAAACCGAGAAUACUAGUAACAGUCAGAGAAAUUCGUGCCGAGCGCUGGGCUCUCCUCUUCGGAUGAACAGAAAUGGGGGAAUGGACCAUCCUGGAGAGGCUCUUGGAGGCUGCUGUCCAGCAGCACUCUACUAUGAUAGGAAGGAUCCUUUUAACAGUGGUGGUGAUCUUCCGGAUCCUAAUUGUAGCUAUAGUUGGAGAGACAGUCUAUGACGAUGAACAAACCAUGUUUGUUUGCAAUACUCUUCAACCGGGUUGUAACCAAGCAUGCUAUGAUAAGGCAUUUCCAAUAUCCCACAUAAGAUAUUGGGUAUUUCAGAUCAUUUUGGUAUGUACCCCAAGCCUUUGCUUCAUCACAUAUUCCGUACACCAGUCUGCAAAACAAAAAGAACGAAGAUACUCCACUGUGUUUCUUACCUUGGACAGGGAACAGGAUUCGAUGAAAGACAGUAAGAAGAUUAAAAACACGAUAGUAAACGGAGUACUUCAGAACACAGAGAACUCCACCAAAGAAGCCGAACCCGAUUGUUUGGAAGUCAAAGAAAUCCCCAAUUCCGCCAUCAGAACUACAAAAUCUAAAAUGAGGCGCCAAGAAGGUAUCUCAAGAUUUUAUAUUAUCCAAGUAGUUUUCAGAAACGCUUUGGAGAUUGGAUUCUUGGUUGGUCAAUAUUUCCUAUAUGGAUUCAAUGUCCCCUCAGUGUAUGAGUGUGACCGAUACCCUUGUAUAAAAGAUGUAGAGUGCUAUGUCUCCAGACCAACAGAGAAGACCGUGUUUUUGGUUUUCAUGUUUGCAGUCAGUGGACUCUGUGUUGUUCUCAAUUUAGCAGAACUGAAUCACCUGGGAUGGAGAAAGAUCAAAGUGGCAGUCAGAGGUGUUCAGGCCAGAAGAAAGUCAAUUUAUGAAAUUAGAAACAAAGACCUGCCCAGAAUGAGUGUGCCUAAUUUUGGCAGAACUCAAUCAAGCGACUCUGCAUAUGUGUAGCACUUUUGGAAAACAAACUACGCGAAUGACAAUGUAUGAAAUAAACAAUUUGUACAAUGAAGAUAACAGUGUGUACUUUUAAAUCCGCCCUUUACGUUUAGCUAAUUGGACGAGGGUUUGAAUUUGUUGUCAGUUACUGACUGCAAAAAACAAACGUAUUUUAACAUUUUGCACUGGUGCAACUUUUUAAUAACAUUUUUACUUAAAUCGCAAUGUAGAAAGCAUAUCAUGUUUUCACAAAUGUAAUCUUUUUUAUAUACUGGAGCAUUUAUACAUUUCACUAAGUACUGUAGCAAACAUCUGGAGCCAACACGUACCUUGACAUGUGCACUGAAUCGAAGAGUUUAAUCUCAGCGGCACGAUUACAGAUAUCUGGGACUUGAUUCAUACAUAGGUUUUGGAUUUUGUUUUUCUGAUUAUAGCUAUAUAAAAUACUGUAGCGCUCUAAUGUCUUUUUGUUGCCUGUCUUUGCACCAUCGACCUUAAUGUAUGUACAGUAAUCAUUCCAUUGCUAGAUAGAAAAACAGUAUCAGGUGGAUUUGCUGCAAACGCUAAGGCCUGUGAUUUCCUUUAUUGUAUACACAAAAGCGGGCAUUGCUUCCAUCUGUGAAUACGCGUUUUUCUUGGUUUUUUGUAUUUAAGUGCCCUACUUGUAUAUACAUGUACUUAUAUGAAUAUCAACCUACUAUAAUAUUAUUUAUCAAAAAAAAAAUUCCCUGCUGUGAUUAUGCUAAAUGGUUCGCUUUUUUGUUUUACAUUUAUUUAUUGUAAUUUAAAUAGGUAUGGCAUAUUAAGUACUCUUUUUGCAAAAAAGAAACGCUAGAAAAGAUAAGAAAACUCUAGUCUUUUUUAUACAAUACAUCUUUUUAUUUAUUUUCAUUAUUUAGAUAAAUUCUAAGCCAUACACCCGUUUAUCUUUAACUGCGGGUUAUAUUGAACAAAUGUUUUGUUCCAUUAUCGAUGGUUAGUUCCAUCUGGUAUGGUAUAGUACUGUAUAUUGAAGUUCAAAUCAUUUACAUAAUUUCCAGCUGUUUUAUGCUAUCACAAUCAAGAAAAUGUUCAUGCUCACCCCAAUCCCUGAAAGCUUGACAAAUUAAAUCUAUUAAUUGCAACUAUGUGAUUUGAAGUUUGUAUUAUUAUUAUUGAAGUGCUUGAUAGGUUGCACAUCAGUAAUUUUAGCACUUGGACAUUCUUUUCAUAAGGUAUUUGUGGUGAAUUUGAGGCAACAAAUUGGGCCAAAGUUCAUUUCCAUUGCCUUUCAGUGGUCUACCUGUAUUAAACUCACCUCUUUGUUUUUUGAGGGAGUUACAGUCAGGCAGUGUGCAACAAUGGCUGAGAUUGGUCACUUAUCUAAGUUUACCUAUUGAAUAGCUUUCUUCUAAUCAAAACCAUUCACACAAUAGUGCUGGUAAAUAGCUGGGUGAGCGACUGUAUGAAUUUUAUGGCCAUUCGGGUGCUUUAGUUAUCAGCCCUGGUGUAAUCACUAUGCACACACAGAUAACAGUAUUACUAUAUAAGGAUGGGCCAUCAUAUAGUGGUCCAGUUGUUUGAAUUUCUGUGUCGUUAACUAUUCCUUCAGGAAAUUGAAUCAUAAAAUUAUUUCAUUUGUGAAUUAGAUUUUUUUUGAUAGUUACGUUUACCAAGAUUGUUAUUCACAAAUACUUGGAUAUCAUAUAAUUUUACUUGGGUA